AGGCCACUGAGAACUAAUAAAGAAUAAUUCUAACCUAACUUUAAAAAUCAAUAAUUUGAUAUGUUUACUAUUUUAAAAAAAAGCGGUACGAAAACUAUAAAAAACUUUUAUUUUCGUUAUUUUUCCGUUGAAAAAAAAUAUGAUGUUAUCGUUAUUGGAGGCGGGCACGCUGGAACCGAAGCUUCUUCUGCCGCAGCGAGAAUGGGGGCCCAUACCUUACUUAUUACUCAUAAAAAAGAAACAAUAGGUGAAAUGUCUUGUAAUCCUUCUUUUGGAGGUAUCGGAAAAGGGCAUUUGAUGCGAGAAAUAGAUGCAUUGGAUGGAGUGUGUAGCAGAAUUUGUGAUAUAUCCGGUGUACAGUACAAAGUGCUUAAUAAGCGAAAAGGACCUGCAGUUUGGGGUUAUCGCGCUCAAAUCGAUAGGAAUUUAUAUAAACAAAACGUUCAAAAAGAAUUAUUCAUCAAUACUCCAAACUUAGAUAUCAUGGAAGCUCCCGUUGAAGAUUUAUUGAUAGAAAAUCGAAUUUUCAGUGAACAAUGUUGUGUUAACUGCAAAGGAGUUGUUCUUAGAAACGGCACGAAAGUGUAUGCUAACAGUGUUGUAAUAACCACUGGUACUUUCUUAAAUGGCCAGAUAAACAUGGGGCUAAAAGUAUAUCCUGCAGGAAGAAUAGGUGACGAACCGUCUAUAGGUUUAGCGAAUACUUUGGGUGUUUUGAAGUUACGAAUGGGUAGAUUGAAAACAGGAACACCGCCAAGACUCAAAGCAGAUACGAUAAAUUAUAAAAUUUGUGAGGUGCAGCUUGGAGACGAUCCACCACUUCCUUUUUCAUUUAUGAAUGAUGAAGUAUGGAUAAAAUCAGAAGAUCAAUUAAAAUGUCACCUGACAAAAACUACUCUAGGUGUGGAAAAAGUUGUUAAAGAAAAUCUUCACGUGAAUAGGCAUGUUAUGGAAGAAACAAGGGGGCCGAGAUAUUGUCCUAGUAUCGAGUCUAAAGUUUUGAAGUUCUCGGGCAGGGAACAUCAGGUAUGGUUAGAACCAGAAGGUCUUAACAGUGAUGUUAUUUAUCCCAAUGGUUUAUCCUGUACCUUACCAGAAGAGUUCCAAUGGGACCUUAUAAGGAAUAUCAGAGGUCUUGAAAAUGCUGUUAUAAUACGACCAGGUUAUGGUGUGGAAUAUGAUUAUGUAGAUCCCAGAGAAUUAAAACCAACCCUAGAGGUUAAAAAAGUUGGCAGUUUGUUUUUGGCUGGACAAAUCAAUGGUACAACUGGAUACGAAGAGGCUGCUGCUCAGGGGGUUCUAGCAGGAAUUAAUGCAGCGGCUAAGGCUUUAAAGAAGCAUACCUUGGUAAUUAGUAGAACAGAGGGUUACAUAGGUGUAAUGGUUGACGAUUUAACAACUCUAGGUACCACGGAACCCUACAGAAUGUUUACUAGUAGGUCAGAGUUUCGUCUUAGCCUUCGACCGGACAACGCCGACCAAAGAUUAACAGCAAAAGGUUACAGUAUCGGUUGCGUUUCUAAAGAACGAUACGAAAGGAUGAUUAAAGUACAAAAUCAACUCGAAAACGGCAUUACACUAUUAAAAAAUGUAUGCAAAACUGCCUUGCAAUGGAGACAAUUACUAAAAUUGACACCUAGUAGAAGUCAUUUACAAAAAAGUGCUUUUGAUAUGAUUGACAUAAAUAACGAAAAAAUUACUAUUAGUAUGUUGGCUAAAGUCGCUCCGGAGUUAAGUCCUUUAACCCUCGACUCAGCUUUAGAAUCCCGUCUUCAUAUCGAAGCCCUUUACGAAGCCGCUGCCGAAGAUCAAGCUGAAGAAGUACUAGAAGUCCAAAAAAAUGAAUCACUCAUAAUUCCUGAUGAUGUCGAUUACAAUUCCGAAACGCUUAACCUCAGUUUUGAAGAAAGGGAAAAGUUGUCGAUUGCUCAACCCCAAACAAUCGCAGCUGCUAGUCGAAUCCCUGGAGUGACACCUUCUUCUUUAUUUCGCUUGCUUAGAUUCGUAAGACAACAAAAAUUGAAUAAUUUGAACAAUUUAAAUUUGUGAAAAUGUUUUUGAAAUAGUUUGAAUAAAAUAAUUUCUUAAAAUAAA